AUGCCAUACAUCUGCAGCGGCUGCGCAUCCUCUUUCACUGGCCAUGGCGCCUUCAUUCGACAUCUACAACAAAAUAGUCAUCGACGGGCUGCGCGUUCACGGUCGCAGUCGAAGCAUGGGGACCGAGAUCGAGAAGACGUGGAUAUGCAUUCCACAGCUGAUGCUCCACACGAUGAAGACUUACCAGUUGCAUUUGAGGGAGACUACUUCGGAGCUGCUGGUGAGUAUGCUGCUGGAGACCUUCCCUUUGACGAUGGAGAUGCGGAUGUGGACGCGAGCACCGACGCAGCAACCUGUCGGCAUGAUGACGAGUCGGGCGGCAACUCGGACAGUGACUCUGACGAUGAAGACGUUGGUCAAGACCUCACUGAGGUGGCUACAGCCCUAGGCGACGAUCUUCCGCUCGAUCCUCCAGUGCACCACGCCCCGUCUACUGCUAUGGACAUCGACCCUCUCCGCCAAUCUCCCGCCUAUGUAGUCCCAUUCGGCGGUGAAGCCGGGAAAACUUCGACGCCUCCUGUGGGUCAACCUGCACGUUCGGGAUAUGAGACCUAUGCAGACGAGGUUGAUCCUAAGGAUGAUAACUUGUACGCGCCCUUCGCAUCUCGCGUUGAUUGGGAGAUUGCCCAGUGGGCGAAACUGCGUGGAUUGGGGUCGACGGCUUUCUCUGAUCUGCUCGCUAUAGAAGAGAACGCGGAUGAGCUCAACAAGAUUAUCGACAACAAGCUGCCGAAUCGUCGGCCAGCGUUCCAUCGUUUUGAAGCUUGUGUAGGCGACGAACAAUUCGCGAUGUUCUGUCGUGACAUCUUAGAAUCAUGCGCGUACAUAUGUGUUGCUCCCGAGCGCCACUAUGCCGACGCCGACUGUACCAUCCGCCUGUACCAUGAUCUACAUACGGGACAGUGGUGGUGGGCAACUCAGAAGCAUCUGGAGAGCGAGAUGCCAGGAGCGACAAUCAUCCCAGUCAUCUUAUCAUCAGACAAAACCCAGCUGACAUCGUUCCGCAACAAGACUGCGUACCCAGUCUACCUUACGAUUGGGAAUCUGCCGAAGGAGAUUCGAAGGAAACCAUCGCACCGAGGACAGAUUCUCCUCGCAUACCUCCCAACCAGCCGGCUCGAGCACAUCAAGAAUAAGGCAGCUCGCCGCAGGACCCUCGCGAACCUCUUCCACGCCUGCAUGUCGAUGGCGACUGAGCCUCUCCGUGUCGCUGGCGUUGACGGUGUCCCUAUGGCAAGCGGAGAUGGUAUUGUCCGGCGCUGCCACCCGAUCUUGGUGAUCUACGUUGGCGACUAUCCGGAACAGGUCCUCGUGACGGGGACCUACACUGGAGAUUGUCCAAUCUGCAAAUGCCCUCACGACGAACUUGGUACAUACCCUUGCCCAUACGACUAUCGCAAUCUCGACGAAGCGCUGGAUGCACUCGCUUUCGCGGGGACUGGUGAAUACAACCGUGCUUGUGAUGACGCCGGCAUCAAGCCAAUCCAACACCCGUUCUGGGAAGGCCUACCGUACGUCGAUAUAUACCGCGCAAUCACGCCCGAUAUUCUUCAUCAGUUACAUCAAGGCAUCAUCAAGCACCUCCUGGCGUGGCUGACGGAUAUCGUUGGCGAGCACGAGAUUGACGCGCGAGUCAAACGUCUUCCCCCGAACCACAGCAUUCAUAUCUUCCAGAAAGGCAUCUCUGGUCUGACGCGCGUGACAGGAACCGAGCACAAGCAAAUCGCUCGGUUCAUUCUUGGACUUGUCAUCGACGUACGUCUGCCGCACGGCGAGUCAACGGAGGAUUUGGUCAGCGCAACAAAGUCCCUCCUCGACUUCCUAUACAUGGCUCAGUAUUCGGUCCAUUCGAGCACGACGCUCGACGCGCUUGAACGCACACUAUCUGACUUCCAUACGAAGAAGUCUAUCUUCGUCAGCCUCGGUGCGCGUGGCAACUUCCUCAUCCCAAAGCUCCAUAUGCUUCUUCAUUAUGUUCGCGCGAUCAAGCUCUACGGUACGACCGAUAACUACAACACCGAAGCAACAGAACGCCUUCAUAUCGACUUCGCAAAAGAAGCCUAUCGCUCGACCAACCAUAAGAACGAAUUCCCCCAAAUGACAAAAUGGCUCGAGCGCCGCGAAAAGGUCUUGCAGCAUGCGCAGUACGUCAAAUGGCGCAUUCUCCACGCGGAAGCUCAAGCAGACCCUCGUCGUACGGAACCUGAGCCCGCCGCUGCCGAUGAAAAAACACGCUGGCGGCCACCCGAUAUGGCGUGUCCGUUGUAUCACCACAUGACAAAGUGGCCUACCCGCAACGCUGUACCUAUCACCGAGCUUGUGGCUCCUUCGGGGUACGGCGCGACGCACCUCAUGCCGGCUCUGGCUCGUUUUGUAGUGGAGUUGAAUGCACCGACAUUGACGAAGAACGAGGUUGAACGGCGAGCUGCCAAUCUCACAUUCCCUUUCCAGGCCCUCCCGGUGUACCACAAGAUCAAAUUCCGCAAUAUGGAGUACUACGGCAAUGAAACCCUCGAUUCAAUUCAUGCACAGCCCCUACGAGUAGGGUCACAUGGCAAUGUUCUCGCUCAUCCACGCUUCGACACAGCACUUGUUCGUGUUCAGCGCGAUACUGGUCAGCCUCGCGCUCGUUUACAGGGUAUGUCUUCCUACUAUGUAUCCGGCACUUUGAAUACUGAUGAAUUGAUUGUUGCCGCGGUGAUAGAUACACGCAUUGGACAAGUGCGAGCGGUCUUUUCGUUGCCACAAAAAUACCUGCUACGGCUCUUCCCGACACUCACUCAAGUCCCACGGCAUCUAGUGUACAUCGAAUGGUUCUCGAAAUUCACGGCUGAACCUGACCCACGAUAUCAAAUGUACAAAGUACAGAGAUUGACGGGUAACGCGAAGAUAGCAUCUGUUGUACCACUUACUCUACUUGAGCGCAGCGUACACCUCUUUCCAAAGUGGGGCGGACCUGUUCCGAAUGCCUGGCAAAGCACGAACGUUUUGGACGAAUGUACGGCCUUCUAUCUUAAUCCGACAAAGGACUCACAUAGCUACUAUAACCUGUAUUAG